AUGUGUACGACUCCCAAACUUCCUGUCCUGAAAGACCCAGCUAACAUUGUCUCAAGUGGCCAUGGGAGUCUGCGCCGACAGGCCUUCUCUAAGCUCGCGACCCUCUCGGCGCAUCGAUCUCCUACCAAAGAAGCCGAUUUCCGUCGUCUAACCUCGUCCAUUGCUCCCGCCAGAUCGGAGGGGAACGGUGUCCUCGAUGGCGUCCUUCGAGCCAUCGCCCCUACGUCCCGUGCGCGUAUGACCGCUCGCGAGCUCGAUGUCUUGCUGGCUCUCUGCGCCAGCGCACACGAGUUGCAUGACCUGUCUCAUGCCGAGCGCCUUGCAAAACAGCUAUCCGCCUAUUUGCCUGAAGCUCAUUCACAAUUGUUCACAUCAUCACCCUUUAUACACGAGAUUCGGCCUGCGCCAUGGACCGCUCUUACAUUUCAGCUCACCAAGGCCCUGCUCGUACUUGGGCUCAGGUUUCGUCCUCUAAAACAGACCAUCUCGGCCAGCAUCAAGUCAUAUCUGUACAACUGGAGCCAGUCAGCUGCUGCUAUCGCAUCGGUGGGGAUUGGCGACCAAGAUGAAGAGAACGAGCAUGAGGCCCAGGACACCGCAGCCGUCACCGUGUCGCUAGUUGGAUUUCUGGACGCCGCGGCAUUGCACGAGAACUUCUGGUCAUCUUCCGAACGGGUUGAGCUGAUCCGGACUUUACGGAGCGCUCUUUCAGAAGAUUUCUUGAUCGCAGUUGAGACUGCUUCGUCCGCAAUCCGGCAUUCUACAACAUUCGAGCUUGGCAGCAUGGACUGGAAGAAGUAUCUUAAACGGUUUGCCGCACAGGGAAUUCCAGUGGGGGCGAUGAUGCUGCAAAAGGGUUUCAUGAAACUCGUUCUCGCAUGCACUGCCAGAAUGCUUUGCGACGAGCACACCGUUCAAUGCGGGGAUAUUCUUGACCAAUUCAUCGCGGGAACCCAUAUGAAAGGCUCCCGGGACGAAGAGAUAACCGAAGACAUGAUCGAAUAUUUGGCCCAGAUCAGCAGUGAUCAGAUACGUACGCUAGAAGACGGAUCAGAUUAUCUGCAGUUGGGUUCCGCAUGGCAACAACGACUCGCAUUCUCGGUAAAGGCAUAUGCUUUGGAAGCGUUUCUACAUUGCAUGGUGCUUGAUGAUGACAUUGCCGACCCGGAGGCUCUCUUUGGGUGGCUGGAGGAUUCCAUCGCGAACCAAGUGCAGAUGGCCGACAUUGAGCUGGCGGACGUCGUCUUGAAGAGUCUGGCAGUUGUGGCACAACAUAUGCCCGAGGUCGUGUCCAAUUUUGCUCGCAUUCUGCUACGGUUCAUCGUGCAAGGUACUUCAGCUCCCACCGCCGUGGCGGUGGCUGCGCAGAGCCUCUCACACAUACUGAGGAUGCUGUCGCAAGACGCUGUGAUUACCACGAUAUACUCGCUUGGCAACGUUCUCAGCUCGCAGACGGGGGCGGAAAAGGCGCAUCACCCCUUUGGCAUUUCAGACAUUAACGGUCAAUAUGGCUCGCUAUCAUCUAUCUCGAAACUACGAACAGGGAGCGUCAUCUCCCUGUCCUUAAGUGGAGAGGAAGAGACCUCGUUGGUUUGCGGUAACGUGGCAAAUGCCAUAGUGGUUAUAGCCACGGAAUGCAAAGACAGCAAGAUCAUGACCCUUGUACAGACAAUGAUGUUGCAGAAAGUUGGAAGAAUCAGCCUCGUGGUCGAUGCGCGUAUUAUCGACGGGGCCGCCAGACUUGCUGUGCAUGGCAAAGAAAACGAGUUGAAAGCAUUGCUACGACUCUAUGCCCGAUUGCACCAGGAAGCUGUUGUUCAUGACAACGCCAUCAUAUUUGAAGCCGUCCGCAGGGCUGAGGAAUAUCUGGCCAUGAACCUGGACAACAAAUCGUCCUUGUUCAAGAUCUACGCGAUGCAACUGCUCGAACGGAUUGUUAGCAAGGGCGAUGUCGGCGAAGGCGAAUUCAAGCAAUCCGCCGAAGUCGAACAGGCGGCCAAAGAGAUCGCUCCUCUCCUCAAGCCUCUGUCAAUCUUAGCUUCUCGAAGGCCGGCUCUGACCCUCGAAGCCACUCUGACCGAAGAUGCCGAUAUCUUGUCCAUGGUUCGCGAAGUCUGGUACAACGUUGCUGUACAUGGAAUCACCCUACAGUCGCGCAUUGGACAGCAAUAUUAUCAUGAACUCCGACUCCUGGCCGCGAACUCCUUGCCCCUCGUCGAUGAAGAUCGUGCGGAGCUUUUGGAGUCGGACGUCGAGCUGAACACGGUCCUCCGAAGAGGGAUGAGUCCACAACACACAGCUGACCAGAAGAAGAAUCUGAUCGCCGUCAUCCCAGACAGAGAGUCCGAGAUCCGCCAACUCAGCUACCAGAAAGUUGUCUUCCUGAACGCGGUGUUCUUGGUGGAAAGUCUUCGCGCCACCUCUGGUAGCUGUGUUGAGAUUCUUGAUUACUUCCAGGACCCAACCACGCAGACCAGCCAUAUGGGUUCUUGCCUGAGCUCAGUCGCCAGCGAGGUUGUGAAAAGAUAUACCCAGAAAGUGGUUACUGCCAAGGAAGUAGAGUUCAGCGCGCCAUAUGUGUCUCGCCAGCUGGCUCGGAUUUUCAGCGGCUGUUGCCAUCGGAGCAACAAAAUGCAAGAAGUCGCCAGGGCAGCCGCCAACCAUCUCGUCACAUUUGCGCCUUCAGCAUUGUGCCAAAAGUCGGCCCUAUUCGCCUUGCUCGAACUGCUGUCUCUGAUGUGGUCGAGCUCUUUGGACGCAGAGGUGGACGAAUAUGAGUGGCGGCCCAUGCUCACUUCUACCCGAGGCAAGGUCACAAUUGAACUAUCAGAUGACUACGCCUUUCGCAAACGGACUUUGACCAAUCUUGACAAUGAUGCGAGGAGGUGGCUGAUGACGGUCAUCAAUGUCGCCCCUUUGGACGUGAAAGGUCUUCUCCAGACUUACCUCUCCGAGUUUGAUGAUACCGGGUCAUACGGCCACGUAUCCCUGGGCAGAUCAUUCGCUCUAGAGAUGGGUUCUGUAAUUCCCUCCGUUGAUUACCGCUUGCAGGCUAUCGACAACAAGGGGGGAUCACGCGUCCUCAUCAACAUGGCCUCCGAUUUCAUGGCUCAGUAUACCACCCGACAGGAGUAUCGGUUCACCGGUAUUCCGGAGCACCAGCGAGGAAGCGUCCAAGUGGAUACGGCCACUGGGCGGAGAUCGUCGUGGAGCCGAGCAUCUCUCGAUACCUCGCCCAUGCUACUCGACGCCCUCGUGGAUCUACACACAAGGAUAAAGCAGCAGACUCGGGUCCAGCUCUCCGAGGUGAAAGACCUCCUUCGCAGUGCAGCGGCUCUACUAUGUCAGAGCAAGAAGUCGCAGACCGCCAUCGUCUACCACUUGGUGCACAUACCCUGUGAUAUUUUUACAAAGGAGUCUAUAAAACUCGGCAUUUCUCUGUGGCUAGGAGUUAUCCAUGAGAACCCUAGGAUGGAGCCCAGGAUACUGACCGAAAUCGCACAAGCCUGGGAGCAGACAAUUGAUCGUAGGCAAGGGAUUUUCAGUCCAAGCUUCCAGCAUGCAGAUCCGUUCUACGUGAAGGAAGAAUUCGCCCCAUCCGACCGGGCUGGCAUUCAAAAGCAGGCACAAGUGGCUCACAACACCAUCUCUCCACAUUUCAGACUGGUUCAGUUCUUCGAAAGCCACGUCAACGCCAUCCGACUUGGAAGUGCCAAUACUCAGCGCACGUUCGUCCGAAUGUUCGAACGCACAUUGCGUGGCUUUAUGCACAUAAACGGGAAUCCGCUACUUCGGGAGCUCCAGUUUCAGGUUGUCUGUGCCACUCUCCGACUUUUGCAAUUCAGCACAUGCAUCAACAAGUUGACCAAGUGGAAGUUGAAGGAUUUGAUCCUUUCCGCCGGUCUUCAAUGGUUCGCCAAACCCCCUGCUUGGUCGUUUGGCGGGAAUCGCCUCCAAAUUAAGGCCGAGAUUCAGGUGAUGCAGAAUGUCAUUGGCCUCCUACAAAGCACCAAAAUUCCGAUCUUUGCGGCAUCGGCGACUAGAAAGGAUACUUUACAGAAACAUGAACUCUUGGAAGCCCUUCUCACGAACGAGAUCGCCCGUCUCACCGUGUGGCUUGGCCCGCUUACUCUUGAGGCACACCAUAUGGGAUACCAUCUGGGACAGCAUAGUCAACCCGAAGUCCAAAUGAGCAAGUUUGCUCGAGUGGCGUGGGUGGAGAAUCCGUCCUUGGCCAUACAGCUCGUAACGCGCUUCGCCGAUGAACAACUUCGUCGCGAUGUGCGCUUCCUACUAAUCAAUUUCCCCGAAAGAGCCUUAGGGGAGCCCAACGCGCUCGACCUGUUGCUCGGGGAUGCGUUGCCGUCAGAUGUGUCCUUUCAGUUGAAAUAUCUUUUGUACUGGAGCCCAGUCAACCCUAUGCAGGCAGUGACAUACUUCUUGCCUGCGUUUGGAAACCACCCAUUCGUGCUCCAAUAUGCGAUGAGAGCGCUCGAGAGUCACUCUAUCGAUGUGACAUUUUUCUAUGUGCCUCAAAUCGUGCAGGCUCUGCGCUACGAUACCUUGGACUAUGUCGAGCGGUACAUCGUCGAGACCGGCACAUUCUCGCAACUGUUCGCCCACCAGAUCAUUUGGAACAUGAAGGCCAAUGCGUACAAGGACGAAGAGUCUGAAGAACCGGACCCCAUCAAGCCGACGCUUGACAAGGUGAUGGACAGUCUGAUUGCCAGCUUCUCUGAAUCGGACAAAGAUUUCUAUAAGCGGGAGUUUGACUUCUUUUCCGAGGUGACCGAUAUCUCUGGAAAGUUGAAACCUUUCAUCAAGAGAAGCAAGCCCGAGAAGAAGGCCAAGAUUGAAGAGGAGCUUCGCAAAAUCAAAGUGGAAGUGGGGGUGUAUCUUCCCAGCAACCCUGACGGUAUCGUGGUGGGCAUCGACCGCAAGUCCGGAAAGCCAUUGCAAUCACACGCGAAGGCACCCUACAUGGCGACCUUCCGAAUCCGCAAAAAGAGGGAUACCUCUGAAGAAGAUGUGAACAGCAUGAUCCAAGCAGCUCCCAAACCCCGUCCAAAUCUUCGCCAUGGCCAUAGCCGCAGCAACACUAUCGACGACUCCAGCCACAGUUUGAGCCAGGGAAACCCAGAUACUUAUGAGGUCUGGCAGAGUGCCAUAUUCAAGGUUGGAGACGACUGUCGUCAGGAUGUGCUUGCCUUGCAAAUGAUUGCGGCAUUUCGCGGCAUUUUCCAUUCUGUGGGACUGGAUGUGUAUGUUUUCCCGUAUCGGGUCACCGCCACAGCACCGGGCUGCGGUGUUAUUGACGUUCUGCCCAAUUCCAUCAGCCGGGACAUGCUGGGCCGUGAAGCUGUGAAUGGCCUCCACGACUACUUCAUCACCAAGUACGGUGGCGAGCACUCAGUUCGAUAUCAGGAAGCAAGAAGUGAGUUUGUCAAGAGCAUGGCGGCCUACUCGGUAAUCAGUUACCUUCUCCAAUUCAAAGAUCGCCACAACGGGAACAUCAUGGUGGACGACAAGGGCCAUAUUCUCCAUAUCGACUUUGGAUUUUGUUUCGAUAUCGCGCCCGGAGGCGUCAAGUUCGAGAGGGCCCCGUUCAAGCUAACGCCGGAGAUGAUUGCUGUCAUGGGCGGCGAUGAUCCGAACACUUCGCAACCAUACCGAUGGUUCCAAGAGCUCACGAUCAAAGCAUUCUUGUGCAGCCGGCAGUAUUGCGACAAAUUGAGCCAUAUCGUUGCCCUGAUGCUGGACAGCGGUCUGCCUUGCUUCAAGCCUGAAACGAUGCGGAAUUUCAAGAAUCGGUUCGCGCUGGAGAAGACAGACCGCGAAGCAGCGGAGUUUAUGCUUGGAUGCAUCAAGAAGAGCGCGGCUAACGUCACCACCAAGGUCUACGACGAGUUCCAGCUCUUGACAAAUGGCAUUCCCUAUUAA